AAUGAAAGAAUCAAUAUGGUACUUUUUAUUUUCUCUUAAAAAUAUACACAAAACUUUAAGAAGAAAAGUAAUUAGAAAAUAAAAAAGGAAUAAAUAAAAUUAGGGGAUCACUGUUGCAUCAUUUAAAAAGUGA